UGCAGCAAUGACGCAUCAAAACCACCAAACUAACGGCGCCAGUUUGGAGGAUUGCCAUACAAAUUUUUUCGCCUUGACCGAUCUUUGCGGCAUAAAAUGGCGUAAAUUGGUUAUAGGUGAACGACCGAAUGCGUCCAGUGAUCCACUGGAUGAUCCAGUAUUGCGUUCUUAUUCUCGAUGUUUAGCGGCCGAUAUGUUGUGCGUAUGGCGGCGUGUAGCCGCCAUAAAAUCGGAACCGUCCGGUGCUUUAUACGACAUAAGUUUACCGGUACCGGGUUCCUCAGGGAAUGGAUAUGUUGUCCAUCCACCCCUGUCGCUGAAUGCCGCUAAAGAACUAUGGAUCUUUUGGUAUGGCGAGGAGCCAGACCUGACUGACCUUGUCGUACCGGAACUCCUUAAAGCUAAUGAAGGCAGUGAACAAGGAUCGUGGGAAAGCGCCUUAUCUUAUGAAUGCCGUUCUCUACUCUUCAAAGCGUUACAUAAUCUCAUUGAAAGGAGUCUUCUGUCGCGAGAUGUUGUCCGCCUUGGCAGGUGGUUUGUUCAGCCGUGUUCGGGUGGCGACCGAGCAUCAGGCAAAAGCUCCCAUCACCUGUCCUUUUCAUUUGCAUUCUUCGUUCACGGCGACAGUACAGUAUGUGCUUCGAUGGAUCUUCGAGAGCAUCCGGCAGUGCGCCGUCUGACGCCAGAAUAUAUUGCAGAGGCGCAGCAGACGGCAAAUGGUGGCGGCAGCGUCGAGGUGCGUCCGAAGCCCGUCAUCCUGGCACCGUUUGGACUGUCGGCGACCUUGACGGGGCAGACUUUUAGAUCUGGCUCAAUGGAUCCUGUCACCCAGAAAGCUCUCGAUGACUGGUGCGCUUUCUAUCCACUCAAUACAAAUGGCAAGGAUAAUUCUGAUCUUCCGUUGAUGGUUGAAGUUGUAUCAGGCGGAAUAAAGUUACGUUACCCAUCGAAAUAUGUCCUAGUCACGGAUAUCGAUGAGAAUACAUUGGUUCCGGGGAAGGUGGUGUCAACGGGAGGAACUCAAGGAGGGCUAAUGAAUGGUGGUAAUGUUGAGAAAUGUUUAAUGACGACGGCACAUCAAGGUUUAGUGUCACCAAAUAGUGUUGAGAGUGAAAACAUAUCGCAUUCUCUGCCGGAUAUGGGAUUCAGUCACAAUGACUUGGGGAAUCCUCUCAGUAUGCACCUGGCACCAUCUGUGGCAACGGUGCUGCCAGAACGUGUCUGGCAGGAUUGUAUCACCAAUCCAUUGGCACAGAGUGUCACAGGUGGAUCGGUUACAAGUACCACAUCCACUUGUAGCAAUAUUGUGCCAAUUUCAUCCACUUCACCGAGUGGUAGUAGCAGCAGUAGCAGCAGCAGCAGUAGCAACAGCAGCAGCAGCAAUGGAUCCACAGGUGCUGGAGGUGGAAAUGCACCAGGAUCUUCCGGUGGGAUUACGAUAAAGCAGGAGCCUGGAGAAGUAGGUGCAACACCACCAUCAAAUGGUGGAAAUGGCAAUAGUGACGUGGGAAUUUCAGGUCCAAGUUGGACCUUUACAGAUCCAACUCAGAAGGCAUCCUGCACUUGUCUUCGGUGUAGAAAAAUGACUGGACGAUCGUCGACAUCUAGUAAAUCGAGUGGUCGAACGGAUAAAGGAGCUCGCCUGAAUCGAGUUCUCUUCCAUCGGCGACCCAAUUCGGUAAUGUUACAUGGAUCUGGUGGUUGUCUACCUGGAUCAACACUACCAUUCAUGACGUCGUCCUCAGUCACAACGCCGUCGUCGUCGUCGUCCCCGACGGGCGCCACUGUAACAAAUGCCGGCUCAUCUGCCCUAAACAGCGGCGGCAAAGAUGCUUCCGCUUCCGUCACUUCCACACCAGCCAGUCAAAGAGCUGGAAAUCAACAGCAGAGUCAUCCAUCAUACCCAAGACAUUCUUCACUGGCUGAAUCUCUUGUACCAAUACCGUCCGUCGGAUCUCCUGGCAGUGCGGGACCAUCACCUCAUCCUAAUUCAACACAGUCACAACCAACAUCUGUUCCAUCAGCAGAUCAGAUGCUAUCAACCAUAUCACCACAUCCACCGUCAUCCGUGAGCGCCAUUGUUCAGCCACCGACUCCCAGUGAGGCGCACCUGGACAAAAAUACACCAGCAGCUACGCCAACGGAUCAACACGAUGCCAAAGCCGUGGCAUCGCCAUAUCAGCAGCAACAGCAACAAUCAAUAUCUGGUGAUAUGACAGUGUCAACACCGACGUCCAUGAGCACAGCAUCGGGUACGGCGGCCACAGUGGCCGGCACAGCAAAUUGUCACACAACAUCGUCCUUUGGGACAACACCCAAGCAUAUGACAAACUUAAGUGAGCAGCAGCAGCAGCAGAUGCUGCAAGUGAAAAAAAUUGACUCAACAGGCAGUCUCAAGAGUAACAAUAUUCUCAGUAACAGUGGUAGCAUAAAUAGUAAUAUCAAUAACUUAAGUGUUAAUAACAGUGCUAGUAAUAAUUUAAGUAAUAACAAUAGUGGAAUUAUUAGUGGUAAUAGCAAUAGUUUUGUGUCAUCACUGAAAAGACCACAACUCUGUUCGAAAGACUAUGAAAAUAUCAUUGAUGAUGACUACGUGCCACACCAAUUGCUCUAUGAUUAUUCAACAUGGGAAGCAUGGCUCAAUCAUCCAGUGAAACGGUACAAACCCAACGAAGAAUCAAAACCAAAUCAAAGUUAUGAUUUGUAUGCGGGACGAACAUAUUCCUCCCAGCCCCAUUUUCCACCAUCAACCCUGACUGGCUUGGCGUCACCAUCGGCAAUUGAGGGUCAGGUGAUGAAGAGUACGGCUAGUGGGAUCGGAAGCGUCGGCGCCACUGGGUGUGGAAGUGUGGGUGGGGACGAGGAGGCGGCUUCGCCACUGCUUCAGGCGCAUGAAAUCAAAAAGGAGGCUUCCGAUGUGGGUGAUGGAGCUGGAAAAGAGGUCAAAUGUCUCACUGAGAACCUCUUUACCAGUGAAGGUCUUCAGGCUUCCUACAAGGAUCUGGAUCAAAUUUUUGACAGUUCCGAUGAAACUUCCAACGAUGAAGCUAUACCUGUGAAUGUGCAUACGCCGCCCGGAUCAAAUAAAUCAAUGGGUGGAAUGGAUGAGAAACGAUGUAUAAGUUCGUGCAAUCCAAGCACUGGGGGCAUCCGACCGUAUGGCAAUGAGGAACUAUCGAAGAUGUUCCCAACACCGCCAAGUCUCGAGCAUCAUCCAAAUUCAAGUCCAUGCGGUGGAGCUCUCUCAGAUGUCCCCAUGACGGAUAUUCACAGUCCAAAGUUGAAAUUGGAAAAUUAUCCGAAUCUCGGAAGUCCCAGUGAUGAGCCCAUCGAAGAUUGGACUUAUGUCUUUGUCCCGCCGAAUAUGUCAAAAUUUGUUGGUUCUUCUAAAUAUGCACCAUUGUCGAAUUUACCAAGUCAAUCUCUUUUACCUGUUACCCUGCCCAUGACGGCUGUGUACAAGCCAUCGUGGCUGAAGCAGCAACAAUUGACAGGAAGUGGAGUCAGUUCAGGUGUUACCACAGGAAUGGGAAGUGGGAAUAGUAGUUCUGGUGGUGGUAAUUCUGGGGGUACAAUGGUGAAGCAGGAGAGAAUAGAACCACCAUUGUCUACACCAACAACACCUGCAAUGCCAACACCACCGAAUCCCAUGUCGAGACCAUCGUCAGUGGGAUUACUGGGUGGACCGACGAGUAUGAUGGCAGGUGGAGGAGGAGGAGGAGGAGGAGGUGGAGCAGGAGGAGGACCUCCACCGCCUCCGCCACCCACAAUCAUGACGCCAAAUGUGAUGAUGCCAAUGGGGAUGAAUAUGCUGGCCAAUGGAAACUAUGGCCAGGGUCCACCAAUGCAGGGUCAUCCGGGUGGAAUGCUUAAACCAGGUAUGUCACCCAUAUCACCAGCCACAGGACAAUUUCCCACCGUUGGCAGUCCAAUGCAUGGUCUUCAGCAUCCAUUCAGACGUACACCAAUCCCACCGCCACCGCCAUAUGAACUGGCCAUUGCUAGUCCUGCCACAUCCACCAGUAGCUAUCUCAAUAAGCAGUUCAAUUCGGAGGAUCCGGCAACGCCAUCCAUGGGACCAAGGGGAACACCAGAAGCCAAUGCUCUCCUGGUCAAUGUUCUGCUGUACGAUACCCUGCUCAAUGUUUUCCGUGAUCACAAUUUUGACAGUUGUACGAUAUGUGUGUGCAAUGCGGGAAAGAAGUGUGUUGGGAAUAUCCGGGGAUCGGACAGUGGAGUGUAUUUAGCCCUUCCGGGAACAUCAUUUGCCUCCAUGACAUCAGCUCUGGGCAAUAGUAGUGUUUACAGUGGUGGUGGAAAUAGUGGAUUUGGUCUUGAUUCUCCAGCUGCCAUGACGGGCGGUGGGGGCAGUGGUGGUGGUGGUGGAGGAGGGAAUGGACAUCAGAAUGGGUACUUCGAUGAGGAUCCCAUUAAGUGUCAGUGUGGAUUUAGUGCAGUGAUGAAUAGGAGAUUGGCACAUCGGGCAGGAUUGUUCUAUGAAGAUGAAAUGGAAAUUACAGGGAUGGCUGAAGAUCCGAGUUGUCACAAGAAACGUUCCCUCCUCACGAUAAUCCUUGGUCAGUCGAGUGGUGUUGAUGAUGGGGGUCCGGGAGUGAAUGCAGUUGGUGGUGAGAUGGGUAAGGAAGUGAUGGUGAAGCAAGAAGCCAAAUCCAAUGAUGGAGGAGGCCCAGGAGGAGGAGGAGGAGGAGGAAAUGGUGGGAAUUCAAGUGGAAAUUCAAGUAACUGUGAUAAUAUGCCGCUGAUACUGAUGGAUUUGCUCCGGGAACAGUGUGCAGUAGUACAAAGUUCAUCAAAUUCCAUACAGCGUGCAAUAAAGUGUUUCCGGGGUCUUGUAGCAACGUCCACAGUAUCCAAUAUGACAACAUCACCAAGUAGCAUAACGAUAAAUGUCCUAGACUACAGUGAUGCUCAGGAUGUGAUUAGUUUGGCCCUUGAACAGGGUCGAAUAGCAUUUGAGACGAAUAUUCUGUGUAAGAUGGAAAUGGAUAGUCACUAUUCAAAUUCACGUCUUGCCAUGAUAUCUCAACCGCCCAAUAAGACCAGUCUGAGUGUGCACAAGUGGCCGUAUGUGAGGGCCAGUGGUCCGAGAAGCAAUCAGGAUAUUGUGAGGAUAAUGAAGUCAAUGCAACCACUCCUUCAGGAUGCCUUCCAUAAAAAAUGCACCACACGUCUCUGGGAUGCUCCGUAUACGGUACAGGGACCACUGACCUGGCGACAGUUUCAUCGUCUGGCCGGACGUGGAACUGGUCAGUGUGAACCUCAGCCAAUUCCUUCGGUUGUCGUUGGUCAUGAGAAAGAUUGGCUCUCUGUUGCACCCUAUGCCAUUCACUACUGGGACAAGCUACUUCUCGAGCCAUAUUCCUAUGCUCGAGAUGUGGCGUAUGUUGUCAUUACGCCCGACAACGACGCCGUAGUGACGCGCGUGAAGACCUACUUCAAAGAACUCAGCACAACCUACGAAAUGUGCAAAUUGGGCAGGCAUACACCGAUCAAAGGCUGGGAAGGACUCCUUCGAGUUGGGAAAAAUGUGAAAAAUCUAUCAGCCCUUCCUGGUCUCACACCAAAUGCCAGUAUCAAUGACACAAUAGAUGAAUGGUUUACAUUGCUUGGUGAUAGCAAAAUGAGUGAAAAUUUGAAAUUCUAUGCUCAAGCAUGUCAAGUGCAAUUGGUGCCGUAUCUCAAUAAAGUGCUAUCGGAUAAGAGUUUACUGGAUCCACCAGAAGGUGCUAGUAGUAGUUCAAUUGGAAGUGGAAAUCUCAGUAAGGAUCGUUCACUGCCAAGUCCAAUGCCACCACCAAAUACCCCUGAAUCAUCACAGACAUCAGAUAAGGCACCGAGUACACCAAAAUCUGACAAUGAUUGUGAAAAUCAACGUGAAUCUCUCAAUGCAUCAAGUUCAACACCGACAAAUCAUUCGGAUCCAUUGGGAUCAUCUGAGGAUGAUGAGAUCAAUCCACCUUGUAUUGUUGUGUAUAUCGUUGAACCCUUCACAUGCCUAUCGGAUACAUCAGAUAGGCAGAGAUUGGCUGUGCUGGCGCUCCUUAGGUGCUACUCAAACAUUCUAUCAUCCGUGCCAGAAGGCAUCAGGAGUAACAUUCAAUUCCAGCUUAUAUCGCAGGAGAGCAUCAUGGAACUGGGACGAAGUCGUGAUCAGCUUCGGUUUAGCGAUGAGAUGCGAUGCUUAGCACUGAGUGUUUUCUCUCAGUGUCGACGAUAUCUCACGCAUACGAGCAAUGUGAAGAGUUUGACGGGUUUCGGAACAGCAGCCAAUAUGGAGCUUUUCCUUAAGAAUAAAGAUGAGAAGAAUCGUGAACCGUAUAAACUCUACACUCCGCCCUAUAUCCUGGCGGCACAGCAUGAGAAGAGUGAGAAUGCUGAGUUGUUUGGAACUGCAAGUAUUGAGCAGCAGUCAUCGGUGCUGUACUGCAGCUAUUGUCUGUCAGAGGAUCAGAGUUGGCUGUUGGCUGUGGCAACGGAUGAACGAGGUGAAUUGCUGGAGACGGUCACGAUAAACAUUGACAUUCCCAAUAGGAGACGACGAAAGAAGGCGUCAGCUCGUCGAUUGGGACUGCAGAAAUUGAUGGAUUUCAUCUUGGGUGUGAUAUCACAGAGUGUUCAACCGUGGCGUCUUGUUGUUGGUCGUAUUGGUCGGAUAGGGCAUGGUGAAUUGAAGGGAUGGAGUUGGUUGCUGAGCAAACAGAAUCUCCUAAAGGCAUCGAAGCAACUCAAAGACAUUUGUAAACAGUGCUCUCUUCAGUAUCCACAUGCAGCUCCAAGUAUCCUCAGUGCAUGCCUCAUCACUCUCGAACCAGAUUCAACAUUGCGCGUGAUGCCAGAUCAAUUUACACCGGAUGAACGAUUCAGUCAGAUCUCAAUGCAAAAUCCACUGGCAACACCUCAAGAUGUCACGUGUACGCACAUUCUCGUCUUUCCAACCAGUGCCAUUGCUCAGUCUUCACAAACAGCCUUCCAGGACAUUCAGCACAUCAAUGAUCUCGAUGAAGAGUUCUUUCCAAGUCUCGAUGAUGAUGAUGGAAUGGACGGAAUGGAAGCUAUGAAUGGCCUUGGGGAUAUUUUCGAUCAGUGGGACACUGAACCACAAAUGCCUCCUGCAAGUCCUGAACGAGCCUCCAAAUUGGGCAGUCCUGGUGGAAUGGAGGACAAUCGUAGUCGUCAGAGUCCAGGUCCCAGUGGUGGAAAUUGCAGUCAAACGAGAAAUCUCCAUUCGUCACAGGACACAGAAGAGGUGGGUCAGUUGCUGCAGCAACCUCUAGCGCUGGGUUAUUUGGUGUCAACAGCGCCAACGGGGCGAAUGCCUUCGUGGUUCUGGUCAUCGUGUCCUCACAUGGAGAAUGUCUGUCCGGUCUUCCUGAAGACUGCCCUGCAUCUUCAUAGUCCAGCCAUUCAGCAAAAUACAGAUGACUUGCUGCAGCAGAAUCACUCUUCGGCCACUGAUCAUCCUCUGGACUCACAAUUUACUGCCGAUGUUUUGCGACAUGUGCUCGAAGGAUACAAUGUCCUGUCGUGGCUGGCAAUGGAUGCCAAUACACGCGACAGGCUUUCGUGUUUGCCAAUUCAUGUGCAAGUUUUAAUGCAGCUCUAUCAUAUGACGGCAGCUCUUGCGUAAGCAUACCCCCCUCUCAGAAAAAAAAGUAACAAACGGACGGGAAAAGGAAGUAAAGGACAAAAUACUCAAAAUGUUUGCAAAGACGACUAACUUAUUGAAAUUAAUUAUCUCUGUUCAAUUGGUAUAAAUCACAAAAAAAACUGAAUGAGAAAGGAUUAACUGAAAAAAAAAAAAUCUGUGCAUAGUUUUAAUGUGUACGGAAGAUAGUUUACUCGCAGGAUAAUUUGCCUAGGUACAGGAGUAAAUGUCAAAGUUAUUAUUUUUUUUUAUUAGUGGACAUGUAAGAGCGAGUGAAUUUAUCGUGACAACGCGCGUAGAGUAAAAAAGAAAGGUGAGAAAUCGUACCACAAGAGAAAAAAAUAUUAAAUCCUGCAGAAUAUCAUUUUUCUUUUAAAGAUUUAUUGUAUUGAAUAGUUGAUUUACAUCCACAUAGGCCUCCUCUUUGGAUUAUCUGUGAUAUUAGAUACUAAUAUAUUUGAGUGAAAGUGGAUAAAAGAAGGAAAUUAUGAUAAUUAUAUUAUUAAAAAAAAAGUAUAAAAGUAAAUUAUAUAGUAAUGACUUAGACAUAAAAGAAAGGUAUAUAAUCUAUACAUAAAAAUAAUUAUUGAAAAAGAAAAAAAUCGUUUCAAAUAUUAAAUAACAUAAGGAUUGUAGCUGAAUAUUUAAAAGAAGAAAAAAAAACAUUACUGUAUUUAUAUGCAAUUUCAAAGUAAAUUAUCAAAUUAUUUUUUUUUUAAUUAGUAAAGAUAUUUAAUAAAAUCAACAUAUGCAUAGUAGUUAAUUGUAUAACACUGAACUAAGGUCUUCUAUGGAGGAAGAAAAAAAAUUGUAUGUAUAUGUAUAUAUUCUAGUUUGUCUCCCGUUUUUAUUCUCUAGAAAAAGAAAAUUCUCAAAAAAAAAAAAAAUGAAAGAGUUGAAGCAGGUCUGACGAAGAGAAAUUAUCCAUUUGAAUUUCUGGCACAACUGACAUUGCUAUUUUCAGUUUCUUCAAUGCUUUGCACGGAGGAAUAUUUGACCUUGUAAAUGACCUCUACCAAGAAAUUUGACACAGUGGCAUGUCCUUCAGAAAAUAUUAUCUGGGAGGGGUUUAAAGAACGACAGUUAUCCAAACAGAAAGAUUCCCGAAAGCUAACUUAUUCCCUCCGUUUUACUUCUCAAUCUACAAAGCAUCCAAUAGUAACGAUUUUACAUAUGACCACGCCCUGAAAGAAGCCACGCCCCUUUUAGUAUUAUUAAUAAAAUAAAUUCUCUAAUUUUUAAGGAGAAGUUCAAGUAUAACGAGUACAAAAAGGAAUUAAAUGCAGGAAGGUCGGAGACGAAUUAAUAUUUGGGGUGGGAAAUUCAUCUUACCCGAAGGUUAUAGUACUGUAGUAGGAGGAGCAUAAAAGGAGCACUUCAUGUGAUUUUGGGGGGAUCUCUAGGCAAAGAAAACAAUCAUACAAUCUUGAAAAUUCUAAACACUGAGAAAAAAAAGACGGUGGGAUUGACUUUUUUUCCUCAUAACUUUAACACUUUUUAGGUGUAAAAAUAUAUCAAAAUUUUUUAGUGUUAAUUUUACACCUUUUUAAGGGUAAAAUUAACAUUUCCGGAAUGUUAUUUUAACUUUUUCGGAUUUAUCUCAGUGAAGGAAUCGUCCGAUCUUUGGAUCGCGUGAUCUUGCAAUCUCUCAGCAAGGAAUAAUGCAAUCUUGCGAUCUGUAACCAAAGUCGUCCGUUUAUGCGAUUUCUAUGCAGUAAUCAUGCGAUUUUACGAUCUAUUUGCAGGAAAUCGUGCGAGCUUACAAUCUUUAAAGAAAAAGUUGUCCUUUCAUGCUAUCUCUAUGUGUAAAUCGUGAAAUUUUGCAAUAUGUGAUCGAGAAAUCGGAUGAUUUUGCUCUCUCCAAACAAGGUAUCUUGCGAUCCUACAACCUCUAUUCAAAAAGUCGUCCGUUCAUGCGAUCUGUAAACAUAAAUCGUGUAAACUUGCGAUUUUGAAGCAGGAAAUCGUGCGAUCUUGCGAUUUCUAAACAAACAAACUUGCAAUCAUGCAAUCUUUAUGAAGAGUUCGUGCGAUUUUGCGAUCUAUGAACAAGAUUUCGUGAAAUCUUGGUAUACCUGUGCAAGAAAUCGUGUAAUCUUCCGAGAUCUUGCGAUAACUGUGAUUUCAGUUCAAGAAACUUCGUUCUUGCGCAACAGCAAAUCUUGCGAUAUUUGUGCAACGUAUUUAUGCCAUUUUGCAAUUUUCCUUUCGUAUCUCGCUUGAAUAUCCAUUUAAUCAUCCCUGUAUGCAGAUAAAUAGAGAAAAAGACAAAUAAAGUAAGGGAAAAUUAUAAAUAAUAAAACCUCUGUCCAAAGGAAACAAAAUUUCCAGACUGGGAUAUGAAGAACUGGGAUUAAAUUAAUUAGGAAUCAAAUUAGAUAGGGUAAGUGUGCCAAAUUCCGGCCAGCUUGCAAUUCCGGCCACCUUUUUUGUUCCUCGAAUUUUCAUGAAUUUUUAGUUUUUACAUACUCCAGAGAUUAUACAAUGCAAAAGAAUAACAAUAAAUGUAGCUUUGACAAACGAGAUGACGUGAAAAAGAUUGGAAAAAUUCCCGAAGGGCAAGAACUAUGAGAAUGAAGGUGGCCGAAAUAGGGUACCAAAGCUAUGUCUAUAUUUUUAUUCAUUUUAAAAUGUAUUAAGAAUGAUUUUAGAGUAAAUAAAGACAGUAAACUCUUUACAAGGAUCCAAGCAACACUCUUACAGAAGAAAGGAUUAAAAAAAUCAAUUUUUAUUUAAAAUAUUACAUUUCAAAAUUGAGACUUUGACGUUUGCAUGCAACUAUGCCGAAAUUUGACACACUUACCCUAGUUUACUUUCGUUUACCUUCGCUUACUGGAUAGAUGAUCAAUCUAGUGUCCCUUGCGUACAUUUAAAACUGGAUAAGUGAUACCCUACGAAGAAGGCGUGGCCAAUUUUGGUAAGUCGGGCUUAAAGAUUCUUCCUACGCACCAAAUAGAGAAUGUAUCUACUUAGCUACGGUAUUCAUUUAUCGAUGACUGAAAAACUGAAAUAUAAAGUUUUUUGGAAGUAUUUUCUGAAGAACAUAGCUGAGACAAAAUUUAUGGGCGUGGCUUAGAAGGUCACGUACUACUCUAACGCAAAAAAAAAGAAACAAAAAAUAGUGAUGUAAGGUGAAGGAGCCCCAAUUUUUCACAAAGAAAAACGACUCAAGAUUAUUGACUAGCACAAAAUAUAUUUAAAGAAAAAAUGAAGAAAUUGGAUGAUUGUUAUAUUGUUUUUUUUUUAUUUACUCAAUUCUUUUAAAAUGCAAAUUUUUGGAUGUUUGAAUAAUUUUUUUUUAUUUAAAGAAAGGGAAAAAAAUCUCAGUCGUUUGGUCUAAUUGAGAUGUUUUGUUUUAUUUUUUUUAAUGCUAGAGAUGGGAAUGAAAUAAAAAUUAGGAUGAAGCUGACAAAAUAUUAAAUGAAAAAAAGAUGGUGAAGAAAAGAAAAGUACCCAAAGACUGACUUUGUGGACUCAAAAACCACGAGAAUAUUUCUUUUUUUGUCCAACUAUACACUGGAGAUUUAUUUCUUUUCACAAAAUAGGAAUAAUGUAUAACAGAAAAUUUUUAGAAUGAAAAAAAAAACUUAGGUAAAGGUUUCAAAAUCAACACUUGAGAUGAACAAGGAUAAUUUUUAAAACAAAAAGUGUAAUAACAUUUUUAUUUUUUUUAUAAUUGAAAUUUAAAUAAAGUUUUUUUUCUGCGAUUUUUUUUGUAUUGAAGAUCUAUUGCUUCGCUGAGAUGAACAACUUUAAAUGAAGAAAAAAAAAUGGGAAAAUUCCACUCAAGUCAAUAUUUACUUAACAAAAAAAAAAUGAAGUUAAAUUUAAAAUAUUAAAAGUAGGAAGAAAAAAACGGGGCCAAACAGAAAGCGUGGGGCGAAAAUUUUUUACAACAUUUCAUACAAAAAAAACCUUCGUCUUCUAAUUUCCACUAUCACAACUUUGUUUUCCAAAUGCUGAAACUAAAAUGCCCUGCGAUAGAUUUUUCUCUUUUACAGAAUAAAUGUUUUUUGAAUGAACCGUUUUUUACCAAACAAUCCAACAAUUUUUGUAUGUUAAGCAUUAUUCAGAUGUUGUUAAAUAUUUCGUAUUGGAAAAUAUUUUAGGGGAAUGGUAUUCUCUGAUUGGGCUGGAGCUUUGAGUGCUUUUGAAAUCUUGCCGAUUAGAAGACGGCAAUGGACUCCAAUAUUCAAUCCCAAGGCAUUUUUUUUAUUGCAUGGGACUCAAAUAUUCAAUCCCAAGACGUAUACAUGCGUUCGCGAUAUCUGAUUGGCUAGAGCUUGACAGAAGUCAAAGCUUUAUUCAACCAGAAAAUGGAAUAGGACUCAAAUAUUCAAUCCCAAAGCAUUUUUUUAUUGCAUGGGACUCAAAUAUUCAAUCCCAAGACACUUUUAUUGCAUGGGACUCAAAUAUUCAAUCUCAAGAUAUUUUUAUCCAUUCGCAAUCUCUGACUGGCAGAAGCUCAAAACCUUUAAAAGUUUUAGCUAAUUAGUGAACGCCAUUCAAAUAAAAUAUUUUCCAGAAUAAAAUAUUCAAUUACUUGUGAAUAAUGCUUUAAUUGUAAAAAAAAAAUAUAUUGAAGAAAUUCUGCGCAGUUUUGGGAUUUGUCUCAAAAAUGAAAAAUGAAUUUCAAGCAAAUUUUUGAACAAAAUAAUCUAAAAAAAAUUUCAAAGUGAAAUUGAGCAAAAAAAUUAGUAGUAUAAAUUGUGUAUUUAACAGUCACAACAAUGACACUCACUAACGGAUAACUUUAUAAAUAAAUAAAUAAAGAAAAAUAUGAUAAUGCAACUAAAAUGAAUUAAUAAUGUUAAAAAAAUGAACAAAAACCAAAUAUUCACAAAAAUCUGGACACAAUAUUAAAUUAUUAGCUAUAAACUAAAUUUUAGUAUAAAUGACGUUUGUACAGAAAGGGAAAGAGAGAAAAUUUUGAAAUGAAAAAAAAUCAAUUUUAAUAAUAAAAUUACUAAAAGACGAAUCAUGAGUAAUUAAAAAACAUAUUAAAAAAAAACUUGUAAAUUAUUUAUUGAGAAGAUUGAAAAACAAAGGAAAAUGGAAUAUUGAGAGGAAGGAAAAUUGUAGUUUUCAGUCAAUUUAUAGAGAUUAUUGUAUAUUUAUUCAUUCCCCAUCCACAACCUUCCAAUCAAACCCAGAAAUAUUGUCUCGGAUUGAUAAAAACAAAGAACAAUGCGUUUUUGUGACAUAACUGAUGAAGAAGAAAAGAUUGAAAAUCACUCAUUAGAUGUAAUAAUCAUAAAUUAAAAGUAUAAACAAAAGUUUUUAAGUGAUUUUAUUUUUAAAUGAACAAUUACAAAAAAAAUGCGUCUAAAUUAAAUCUUGUAUAUAGUGAACAUAUUUUAAAUUAAAUUAUAUUAAUUAAAAAAAAGGAAAAAAUAAAAGCAUAUAACUUAAACAAAUUAUUGUAUUAAUUGACAAAAGUGAAAAAAAAGAAGAACAUGAAUUAUUACUGUAUUUGAGAUGAAAAAUUCUUAAGGAUAUAUAAUAAAAAAAACUCACUUCUAAAUAACACACAUUACACAACAAAGAAAACAAAUAGUAAUUUUAAUUUAGUGGUUUAAAAAAAAAGAAAAAUUUUUGGAAAAAGAGAAAUAUAAAUAAAUGUAUAAUUACUUGAUGAUUAAAACAUGCAAAAGAACGGUCUUUUUAGAAAACAAUACCAACUGUGUUGUCUGGAGUGAUAUAAUUCCGAAAGGAGACUGAUUAUUCCAUUUUUUUU